UGUAUGCUGUUGAAAAAAACUGAUGGGAAAGAGAAGGUUUCAGAAAGCAAAUCAACCGUCAGUGACGGUAUCAGAAGCUUCCUCUCCGUCGGGGUCUCAGACAACAAGGAGACGAAGGGGAAGGCCGAGGAAGAAUCUUGAGAGUUCAGAAGAUUUCAAUAAGGAAGAAUCCGAAGAAGACGAAGACUACGAAGAAGAAGAAGUUGAGAUUAUUAACAGAGAGAAACAGAAGAGGAAAGUUAGACGUAGCACUAGUGUGGAAGAAGAGCAAAAGUGGAAACAUGAAGACUUACCGAAUGAGGAGGAUGAGAAGAAGCCGGACACGACGGUGAAGGCGGUUGCACCGCUGUCACAUAGACGGUCGAGGAGGAAGAACACACCCGUGAAGAGCUGGUAUCAAUAG